AAAUCAAUGUAAAUUCAUUCCUUACUCAACAACCGACCAACAUGAAAGUGCUCGUAGUUCUCGCCCUGGCAAUUGCCACCGUCUCCGCUGGCGUUAUGCCACAGGAUGUCCCAGUGCAUCCCCGUGACAUGCCCGCUGAGUCGACAAUUGAUGGUCGCAUCACCAAUGGCAGGACUGCCUAUGCGGGUCAGUUCCCCUACCAGUUGGGACUUAGCUUCUCCAGCAGCAGCGGUAGCUGGUGGUGUGGUGGCUCCCUCAUUGACAAUUCCUGGGUGCUGACCGCGGCACACUGCACCAGCGGUGCCUCGUCUGUGAAAAUCUACUAUGGUGCUCUUCAGCGCACCAACGCCCAGAUUAUCCAGACCGUGUCCAGGUCAAACUUCAAACAGCACACUGGCUAUAACUCUGUUUCCCUGAAAAACGAUAUCUCACUGAUCAGGACUCCAGCGGUUAACUUCAGUUCAUACGUCAACAAGAUUAAGCUGCCCCCAAUUGCCAGCAGCUACUCCACCUAUGAAGGUCAGAGGGCAACCGCCUCCGGCUGGGGCAAGACCUCUGACAACGCUUCGGGUGUGACCAAUGUUCUGCAAUACCAGAUCUUCAACAUCGUGUCCAUUGCAACUUGCCAGAACUACUAUGGCUCUCAGACUGCCUCCUCCAGUGUUAUCUGUAUUGCCACCCCCAAUAGGUCCUCCACCUGCAAUGGUGAUUCCGGCGGCCCAUUGGUCCUGGACAGCACUGGCAGACUGGUCGGUGUUACCUCCUUCGUUGCCGCGGUGGGUUGCGAGGCUGGUAAACCAGCUGGAUUCACCCGUGUGACCAGUUACUUGAACUGGAUCCGUGACAACUCCGGCGUUUCUUACUAAAUGCCUUUUCAACCGAACAAACUCUAAAAUGUAGAGUUUGAAUAAACUGCAUAAUAAUAAAAUAUGAUACAUUUUUUCUUCAA